AUGCUAGUAGUUUUUACAGUUCAAGAUCUUGCGGAUUUUUACUUCUCCGAAUCAUUCUUCUUUCACUGGAUAUGCUACCUCCCAAUGAUUGUCUACGCUCUAAUGAUUGUUAUCAGUGAUAAGAUUUAUCGAAGGCUGGCAUUGAUUCUUAAUGAUUGGGAAAAUUAUCGAACCGACGACGAGUAUGAGGAUUUCCUGAUCACUAAAAUAGUGUUGUUUCAAUUUGUCACUGCAUUCGGAUCACUGUUUUAUAUCGCUUUCGUUUUGAGGGACAUGAAAAGAUUGCAGGAGACCCUUGCCACAUUGCUCAUCACCCGUCAAGUCACACAAAACAUCAUGGAAACCGUGGUUCCGUUUAUGAUCGAAAAAUUGAAACUGAGCAGUUUGACAUACAAAAUGACUCGAAGCAUGAGUGAUGGAUCUCUCAGACGCCAUGUGGAAAAUGUGAGAAACAAAAGACAAAGUUCUGUGGAGCAAGAGGAAAGUCCCAGAACUCCAAGAGAAGGGUUGUUCACUUUGGGAUCACCAGAAGGCCAAGAAGUUCGACAGAGGAAAGGUCUGGAAACAGAGAAGGAACAGCCACGAACUCUAUCUUCUAUAUUCCGAGAGGACUUCUCAUUGAAAACCGAACGUCUUCCACUGCCCGAAUUCAAACCAUCACAUGAUUCGAAUCCGGAGCUAACACAAGCUGAACUGGAAAGUGUCAUGUCUGUAUACGCCCGUCCGUUGGAUGAUUUCCUGGAAAUGUUCAUUCAAUUCGGAUAUGUUCUUUUAUUCUCCCCAGCUUUUCCAUUGGCUGCUGUUUGUGCUUUAAUCAAUAAUCUCAUUGAGAUUCGGGUGGAUGCGUUUAAACUGUGUAAUACCGUACAACGACCAUUUGGAAGGAGGGUUAAGGAUAUUGGAGCGUGGCAAAAAUCUAUGGAGCUACUCGGAAUCCUUGGCGUCAUGGUGAAUUGUGUUCUCAUUGGUCAAUCCGGCCUUGUUCAACGCAUUUGGCCAGAACUAUCAUGGGGUGGCCAGAUAUUGAUUAUUGUCGUUUUGGAGCAUGUGAUUCUAGCAAUAAAAAUGAUUAUCGACAUUUUGGUGCCAGAUGUACCACACUGGGUUCGAAUCGAGACGGCGAAACAGGAGCAUUUUAGAAGGGAGGCUUUUAAGCGUGAAUCCCGUCUCCUCUCCCACACGCAAACUCCAUCAUCCGAUCAACAAAACAAUCAACCGGAACCCUCUACACCUGAUGCUGGACCAAGAUUCAAUCGAUUGGAUCAAAUCAAUCGAUCGAAACGGAGAAGUAUCACACCGAUGGUUCGGUUGUCAAGUUUUACAAGGAAACCUAGAAAAGAUAAUGAUGAUAAUUGUAUUGAUUGA